UCGUUGUAAGUGCUGCGAGGCUCGCCUUAACGUCGGCUCGCGGAGCUCAUCCAGGGCGCGCUCGAUCGGGUCCGAGUACUAGCUGACCGUGGCCAAGAAGAGAGUGAAGUUGCCAGAGGCCUCGUCUAUUUGGCUGCCUCGGUUCGGUCGGCUGCAUUGUUACCUGGAGCUACGGCAAUAUGGUUCAACAAUACCAAUCGCCCGUUCGGGUAUACAAGUACCCUUUCGCCCUCGUAAUGCUGGCUUAUGAGCGGCGAUUCCCCACGUGUCCACAAAUACCAGUUUUUGUAGGAUGCGAGGUAACUAUGGAUAAUGAAAGCGAAGGUGGAGCAAUCAGAACAACGGAAAGAAGAUGUAAAUUAAACGUUGAUGCACCAUAUAUUUUAAAAAAGAUAAUAGGUGUAGACUUUGUAUAUUUCAUACAAAGGAAUGUUCUUGAUAGACGUAAUAGUGUAUUAGAAAUUGAAGCAUAUAACGAGAGUUUCUCCACUAGGGUAACGGUUAUAGAAAAGUGUAGAUACUUUAUCCAUCCAGAAAAUCCAGAAUGGACCUGCUUUGAACAGACAGCUAGUUUAGAUAUUAAAAACUUUUUUGGAUUUGAAAAUUCAAUGGAAAAGUUAGCGAUGAAACAAUACGCACAGAACAUUGCCAAGGGAAAGGAAAUCAUUGAAUAUUUUGUGAAUGAAUUAAAAGAAGAGGGUAUAACAUAUGUUGAGCCAUGGCAGGAUCCAUUGAAAGAAAUUAAUGUUGUAGAAGAAAAGAUUUCUCCCAAAGAAGAGAAAAAAGAAGUGACUAAAGUCAAUGAUCACGGUUCUGUUGAAGGCAAACUUCCUGGCAGUCGAGAAAUGCAAUUAUCUUCCGAUUACAUCGAGAGGUAUCUUGGAAAACUUGACAUGAUGCAGGAAAGCAAAUUAGUACAAUUGAGACAUAGCAUCGAAGAGUUGAGAGGCAGCUCCGUACCUGGUGAUGCCACUCUAUUGCGUUUUCUACGAGCUAGAGAAUUCUCUGUAGAAAAAGCCAGAGACAUGUUAACGCAAUCGCUUCAUUGGAGGAAAAAGCAUCAAAUUGAUAAGCUUCUUGAAGAAUAUGAAGCUCCUCAGGUUGUGAAGGAUUAUUUUCCUGGGGGUUGGCAUCAUAUUGACAAAGAAGGUCGACCACUGUAUAUUUUAAGGUUGGGGCAAAUGGAUGUUAAAGGGUUACUAAAGUCAAUUGGUGAAGAUGAAUUGUUACUAUUAGCUUUGCAUAUCUGCGAAGAAGGUCUUUCCUUGAUGGACGAAGCCACAAACGUCUGUGGUCAUCCGGUUUCUCAAUGGACAUUAUUAAUUGACUUGGAAGGAUUGAAUAUGCGUCAUUUGUGGAGACCGGGUAUAAAAGCUCUGCUUCGCAUUAUUGAAAUUGUCGAGUCUAAUUAUCCAGAAACAAUGGGUCGAGUAUUGAUAAUGCGAGCUCCAAGAUGUUUUCCAAUUUUAUGGACUCUCAUUAGUACAUUUAUACAUGAAAAUACAAGGAACAAGUUUAUAUUUUAUUGUGGUACUGAUUAUCAAGAGCAAGGAGCUGGUGGCCUUACUGAUUACAUUGAUCCUGAAUAUAUACCAGAUUUUCUUGGUGGUUCGUCAGAGACGUAUGUUAUGGAAGGAGGAGUUGUGCCAAAGAAUCUUUACAAAGCUGAUCUAGAAGGAACGUCUACUGAACACGAGCAUAGCUUAUAUCAUUCUAUUAGUCUCAGUCGUGGUCAAGUACACAAUGUUGCUAUACAUUGCAACGAUCCAUGCGCUGUUCUCACUUGGGAUUUUGACGUGAUGCGUUACAAAGUUUUAUUUACUGUAUUAUAUAAAUCUAAAAUAAACGAUGCUACUGGUUUAGCUGUCCCUGAGGUUACGACAGUUAUUGAUCAAGAUGUAACAGGGCAUAAAGAAUGGAAAGAAGGAGUUAAUUGUAUAAAAGUUGAGCAAAGUAUCGUAUGCCAUGAUGGAGAAAGUAUUCAGGGUACUCACAUUAUGCAAGAAGCAGGAAUUUAUAUAUUGCAAUGGCAAAAUCCAGAAGAGCAAGGAGAAUUUCUUCCAUCGAUAAGCUCCCAUAAAGCGCAGUUAAUGUAUUUCUACGAAACUUUACCAUCAGCGCAUUACAAGGGCUCCAUGAUGAGUCUGCAAUCGGCAAUAAGUGGACGAUCGGUCGCAAGUUCCUCUUUGUCCAGAUGAGAAGUAAGUGCGUGUACGAGCAAAAUGGAACCAAACGAGCAAUAAAAUUUAAUCUAAUGAUAAUUAAGCAGUGUCCUUGGACACGUAUUAAUCGUCAUAGUAAGCCAAAUUUAUACCAAGUAUGCUCGCUACGAUUUUGGACGUCUAAGCUAUAGUUUAACAAACAAAGUUAUACAAAGCCCUGUAAAAAUAAUCAAUUUGCUGUUAUAGGAAUACAAUCGUUGACGGAAUCUGUUAGAAUGUAAUAUCGUCGUUGCCUUAAAAAUUAUUUUGGUACGUAAAAUAAUCUUGCGCGAAUUUCAUAAACCAUGGUUAAAAUGGUUUUCCAUAUUUACUAGAAUAUCAUCACAAGAA